AUGGCCGGUCUGCAGGGCAACUUUGCCUUCAAGUUCGAGGCAACCACCCACAAGAUCCUCAGCGACAACCUCUCCGAGCCAACCUCUCCCAAGCUCUUCCCCGGCGUGCCGCCCUUCCUCUUGAAAAAGGGCAGCCCCGCCGUCCCGAACCUGUCGCCAUUGGCCCAGCCCACCAACGCUGGCCCUUACGCCAAGCUCGCCACUCAGAUCCACCCCGUCUCGCCCGACGACUUGGCCUCAAAAAAGGCCUCGAUCCCGCUGCCCAACCCGUCGACGGUCUAUCCCCUGAGCGACAAGGACAAGCUCCAGACCCAGUUUGCGGCCCCGGCGAUCAACCCCGUCUGGAUGGCGGCUGCCAAGGUGAUGGUCGUUACAUCGUACCUCCCCGUGCGCCCCGAUGAAAUUACUCUUGAGGUCGGGGACAUUGUCAUUGUGGAGACCCGAUUCCAUGACGGAUGGGCAAAGGGCGUCAAUCUCUCCAACGAGCAGAUUGGCAUGUUCCCGCUCCACCACACCAAGGAUCUGCCGGCCUUUGCUCGCACUCGAACUCCGUCCAUCCGCAGCGUCCCUGAAUCCGAUCCCAAGGCUGGAUAUGCACAGACAAAGUUUGUCCAGCAAGUCUAUGCUCCCCGGAGAGACGACACUGCCUACGACGAGCUGGACCAAAUGUCAAACGGAGGCCGGGUCGUUCCCACGCACUGA